AUGACACUUGGAUCAGUCAUUGAGACAGGUUGGGAAACCCGCUGCAUUACGAACUUGCUCGUUGAGAUCGUUUUUCUCUUACCUUUGUAUGCUAAUAGUAUACCAUUUCCUCUUAUUGUACCUAGGACUGCCCCUACUCUUAUAGACAUUGAUGUCCUCGUCCAUCCACCUGUUCAAAACAGUACCCCCAACUCUCAUAUACCUCGGCCCUCUUCCCCUCCUUCUGUUGAGCUUGAGUAUGUUGAUAUUCAAGUAAUUGAAUCAUCUGUUAGACCUCGCCCUCCUACUCCACCUCGUCGCCUGUCACCCAUUGAUGAAACUGAACCUUCACAGCAUAGCCCCUCACCACCCUUGUCCUCUCCACUCUCCCGUAUACCCCCACCUACUCUCGAUUGGCUGGAAGAUGUAGAUGAAGACCUGCCCAAUCUGCCUUUUGACCCAAAUGCAUCAUUAUCCACCUCACCAAACUCUAAUCCUUCAAAGAAAUACACUCCUCUGUACUGA